AUGGAAAAUAGACUCCACCAAAGAAGAGUGUCAUUUUCUGAUUCACGUCCAACAAAACAUCAUGGGUCCAGUGGCAGUAGAAAUGACAAGGCUUGGAACUGGCUCCCAAGGAUAACUUCUCAUGAUGACUAUAUAAGAGAUGAUGAGUACAUAACUUCAGUUGCAGCUACAGCAUUUGCCAUUCAUUCUCUAGAAGAAGCGGAGUUACGUGACUUGCCAAAAAUGAGAGAGCGUUCCAAAUCUUCAAGGUCUCAAACUAUGAGAAGAGAAGAGAAUGACAUACCAAAGCGGCCAAGUUAUGGGGAAACUUCCAUGAAAAGGUCAUUUGGACAAGAACCUGGGACCAAAGAAAGUGCUUUUCCUGUUAGACGUCCAAGUGGUAUAUCACCUCCAACUCCAAGGUCUUUAUCUCCAGCACUAGGGUAUCAGAGGCAGCAGCAAGGGAUUCCAUUGCAACACAAAAAUGCCAAAACCAGACCAGAAACUUGGGAAAAGGCCAUGAUAAAAAUGAUUCAAAAGCAGUAUGAGAAAAUGAAGUCCAAGAUUUUUUCCUGGGAGUUUGUGAAAAUGAUUCAGGCCAAAGUCCAGAGAGCAAUGGAAAUGCAAAAUUACCAGAAUAAGCUAGCAAGGGAAGAUAGGGUAGCGCAGGGAGCUGGAGCAGGACAAAUAGAGUUACAUAAGUUUUUUAAAGAAAAAACAGGUUCUGUUGCACUCCGCUCCGCUCCAGGAUCUAUCCACCCAUAG